CGCCGCCAUGUUAGGGGCUGUAGGACGUUGUUCUGCGGGGGCACUGCGGGCUCUAAAGCCAGCAUCUAACCCAGUUCAGCUCGGGCAGAACCUUCUCAGAUGUUCCCCUGCAGCGCUGCACUCCCGGAGAGAUUAUGCAGCUCAGACUUCCGCAGCAGCCAAGCCUGGAACAGCAGUCGGCCGCAUUGUGGCAGUCAUUGGUGCUGUUGUUGAUGUCCAGUUUGAUGAAGGCCUCCCACCUAUCCUGAAUGCCCUGGAGGUCCAGGGCAGAGACACCAGGCUUGUGCUGGAAGUUGCACAGCAUCUGGGUGAAAACACUGUCCGAACAAUUGCUAUGGAUGGCACAGAAGGUUUGGUCAGAGGGCAGAAAGUCCUUGAUGCUGGCACACCAAUCAGAAUUCCUGUUGGUCCUGAGACCCUUGGAAGAAUCAUGAAUGUAAUUGGUGAACCCAUUGAUGAAAGAGGGCCUAUUACUACCAAACAGUUUGCAGCCAUCCAUGCAGAAGCCCCAGAGUUUGUGGAGAUGAGCGUUGAGCAGGAAAUCUUGGUUACUGGCAUUAAAGUUGUAGAUCUGCUGGCACCCUAUGCCAAAGGAGGAAAAAUUGGUCUGUUUGGUGGUGCAGGAGUAGGUAAAACUGUGCUAAUUAUGGAGCUGAUCAACAAUGUAGCCAAAGCUCAUGGUGGUUACUCUGUGUUUGCUGGAGUUGGAGAGCGUACACGUGAAGGAAAUGAUUUGUAUCAUGAAAUGAUUGAAUCUGGAGUAAUCAACUUGAAGGAUACAACCUCAAAGGUCGCACUGGUAUAUGGGCAGAUGAACGAGCCCCCAGGUGCCAGAGCUCGUGUUGCUUUGACUGGUCUGACUGUUGCUGAAUAUUUCAGAGAUCAAGAGGGACAAGAUGUGUUGCUUUUUAUUGACAACAUUUUCAGGUUUACCCAGGCUGGUUCAGAGGUGUCUGCCUUGCUGGGACGUAUCCCCUCUGCUGUCGGUUACCAGCCAACUCUGGCCACUGACAUGGGUACCAUGCAAGAGAGAAUUACAACUACAAAGAAAGGGUCAAUUACAUCUGUGCAGGCCAUUUAUGUACCUGCUGAUGACUUGACUGACCCAGCUCCUGCUACCACCUUUGCCCAUUUGGACGCUACUACAGUAUUGUCUCGUGCUAUUGCUGAGUUGGGUAUUUAUCCUGCUGUGGAUCCUCUGGACUCAACAUCUCGUAUCAUGGAUCCCAACAUUGUGGGGCUGGAACAUUAUGAGGUUGCUCGUGGUGUACAAAAAAUACUCCAGGACUAUAAAUCACUGCAGGAUAUCAUUGCCAUCUUGGGUAUGGAUGAGUUAUCAGAGGAAGACAAACUGACUGUAGCCCGUGCUCGCAAGAUCCAGCGUUUCCUCUCCCAACCUUUCCAAGUAGCUGAGGUCUUCACUGGACAUCUUGGUAAACUGGUCCCAUUAAAAGAUACCAUCAAGGGAUUCAAGCAGAUCCUCCACGGUGGAUAUGAUAAUCUUCCAGAACAGGCUUUCUACAUGGUAGGCCCGAUUGAAGAAGCUGUAACAAAGGCUGAAAAACUUGCAGAAGAGCACUCUUAAAGACUUAUUUCUAUUUUCCUCAUGCACUUCAAUGAAACCUUCAUCCUCAAAGUAACACUUAAUGCCUGUAUCUGUCUUGAGUUAUGUUGGCAAAGUGUAUUUAAAGUUUCCAAUAAAACAUCCAUGUAAAGACCAA